AUGAUUUACCAGUGUUUACCAGGUGGUGCGGUUGGUGACGAUCCAAUAACGAGGAUUAAUUUAUUAUGCAGUCGUGGAAUUAUCAGUUGGAGAAAUCCAGUUGGUGCAGUCCAUGUGCAACUAAAAUCUGAUCAAACAAAAAGUGGAAGAAACUGCAUGAAAUUGCUAGCGAAAUAUCCUUCCAGCACAAAAAUUCAUAUUGCUGAAAAUCAAACUUUAAUACCACUUUUGUUUGGUAGUAAUUAUAUUAAGUGUGUUCAAAAUACAGAAAUUAUCUCAAUUUUAAUACAAUCUUCGAUUGAUGUUUGGAAAACAUCUAAGGUAGUGGAAUUAACAUAUGAAACUGUUAAAAAGCCUACCACCAAAGCUUAUAAAUGUGAUCAGUGCUCGAAAGAAAUGAUUGUUCAGACCUUUUGUACUUCUGAUUUCAUUUUGCGAAAUUUAGUGCCUACCAAUGGAUGUAUCGUUGUAUCGAAAAAAGAGGAAGAAAAAAAAAUCUUUAUUGCACAAAUUCAUUUCGGCAUUGUUAAUUUGCUAUGUGCCUUGUCAGUGAAACAAUAUCCUCGUUCUUAUAGCAAAAGUCAAAAUAUUUGUUUAGAAGUAUUUCAAAUGAAAGACGGGAAAUCGAAAGUCGAUUCAAGUGAAAAUAUGAAUGGUCCAAUGAAUGGUCCAGUGGGUGGUGGAAAAAUGAAUACUCUAAUAAUUGAUGAAAAUAUGAAUGGUCCAGUGGAUGGUGGAAAUAUGAAUGGUCCAGUGGAUGGUGGAAAUAUGAAUGGUCCAAUAAAAGGUGAAAAUAUCUUUUCUUGA